GCAAUUUUUACUACUACAUUACAGGUGUUUGAAAAUACAAACGUAAAUAUAUCUCACCUGGAGGGGAUGUGUGUGUUUCAUCCAACAAAAUCAAACUGAAAGGAAAGUUAUAAAAAUGAACCUCACCUGAACAGCCUCGUUAUGGAUAAACACCAGGAGGCGCUGAUCAUUGCUCGGGAGGAGGAAGUGGUUAGACAUGGAAAUGUUUUGUACGGACUUGUCAAGCCACGCAGGGAAGGGAGAGAACUCCUACUGGAGUCAUCAGCAGCCAUGGUCAAUGUUCUUCCACGAAAGAGGAUUUACCGGAUGGGAGGAAGUGAUGAAUUGGAGACUUUUCGAGCUGAACUGUUGAAGCGCCCUUUAGUGGUGCAACCCAUCGUUUCUGUAGGGUCAGGGUUUCAAUCCAUCAACUGCUUCUUUUCAGUCCAAAGAGAGAAUUGGACGGUGAUGAUUAACCAGACGCACCCCAAGAUCUUAGGACGACUGCUGAUGGGAAUCGAUGCGGCUAAGCGAGUUCUGCGGCGAGGCGAACCCUUUGUCCUUGAAUUUCUGUUCAGCGAUAUCAUUCGUCGAUUGUACUAUGAUGUGGUGAGGGGCGGUACCAACUCUAAGUAUAAAUACACAGACUGCGAGUUUGGAGAUCUUGUUAUCCGCUACCCGGGGGAUUUUCGUCAUCAAGGAAUCAAAUGGGAGAUGAAGGCUUCCCGAAUGCGGUUUACCUUUGAUGACAUCACAACUUCAGAAAUUCGAAUUAGAGGUUUCCAGGAAGCAAACCGUGAGACUGAAGACACACGUAUCGUCGUAUUACCCCGGGAUGAACUGCAGGUUCUGUUGCCAACCUGGACUUUUGAUGAAGAAAUCGCGGAGGAAAAACCUUACAACUACCAAAACUAUCAGAUCUGUGAAGAACAAAACCAGGCACCGAUCUCUGUAUCACAUGAUGUGCCACGAGAACAGACGGGAAGAAUUAGAGGGCGUUCUAACCGUCACAUGACUCCCAAAAAGUACGAAGUGUCUGUCGAGCUACAUGCUCCAACGUCAAGUGAAGACACGCAAGAAACUAGUUUUGUUACCUCUGAUUACAAAAGAGUGGCAGCACUUUCGGAAACUCAUGGACCGUACGUAGGGAAUAGAUUUGUGCACAGACAGCAGGGCAGUGGAAGUGGACGUUCGGAGUCCUCUAAAGCUGACAGUGGAUACGAGGGUGAAAUUGACAGUGGUGGGUUUGACGUUAAGAGAAGUGAUCGGGGGAAAGAUUCUAAACCCAAAAAGUUCUCUACCCCAGGGAACACUGAACGAGUGCCAUAUGACAACCCAGCCUUCGAGGAGGACGGACCUCCAUCAGGUGACCACUACGCACACGGAAGUGACGGAAAUUCACAUAGAUACCGGACAAAUGACUACAGCAUACAUCAUCAAAACCAAAGGUCUCCCAAAUACUCGCUGUCACAUGAUCGUGACGUCAGCUCACAAGCACGGCAGUUUCAAACGAUAGAGCAACUCGAUGCGCGAAUGCCAUUCAGUGCAGACUACAAGCCGUCCCGCUCCAGCAUGAUUUGAGUGUCCCACCAUUACAAUACAGAGCUACCAAUCUUAAUUGUUCUGGUGAUCUACAAACAUAUCUAUCUUCAUAUUCUAGUGAUGAUAUAUUAUCCUGCAUGUCAUGUGAUGGUCUCGGGGAGGAAUUUCACAAUCCUGGCUGUAUAUGGGAUUAUUUGUUAGAUCCUGUAUACGGGAUUAUUUGUUAGAUCCUGUAUAUGGGAUUAUUUAUUAGAUCCUGUAUACCGGAUUAUUUAUUAGAUCCUGUAUAUGGGAUUAUUUAUUAGAUCCUGUAUACAGGAUUAUUUAUUAGAUUAGCUCUCUAUCCUGGUACUCUCUCGGGUUGUAAGUGGGAUUCAAGUGCUGUAUCUACAGGCUUGGAUUUCUCGAAAAAAUCCCAAACUUAAGUUUGAGUUUUCUUCUAUUUGAGCAGUCACGAUUUGAGUAAAAUCUCAGACUUAAGUCCUAAUUUCGACUUAAGUUCUUUUUGAGAAAUCCAGGCCAGGUAUAUCAACCAGGUAUGUUGUGUGUAUCUACAGGUAUAUCAACCAGGUAUGUUGUGCUCAAGGUGUAAAUGAUUAGAGUUAUGUCCCUUUGUUGAAUCAAUCUCUGUUAAGUCCGAAGCGAAAUUGCUAUUUUGUUUAGAAAUAUAAUAAUGGGGGUGGGGGGGGGGGGUCGUCCAAACAGUUCUUUCCGUUCUUUCCCGUGCUUCCAUAUUUACAGAACGACACCAUCGAAUGAUUACGAAUACCGUAAACCUGUAAAAACGUUUAUAUUAAGGAUUUACAUCAAAGGGAUUUUUGUUCCCUGUAGUUUGAAAACAUAACAUGAAGUUAUUGGAUAUAACGAAAUACAUUUAUAACAAACCAAGAUUGUUCAUCCCCAGCACUUUGCUGUAAGCAAGUUUUACUGUAGUGAUUACAUAGAUAUUGGCCUGGAAUAAUUCAAAAUCUAAAUUACCAAGACUGAAAUCUCAGGAUUUUUGUUGUUGAUUAUUUUAUUUUGCUAGUCGACUCCCGGUUUUUUAAAAAAAAAAUUCAUUGAUUGUUUUACAUUUUUUUUCAAGAAGAAUGCAAUUUCUGUUCUUCUACAGAGGGAUUAGGACUUAAAGAGACUGGUUCACGAUUCUCCCCCAAGUUUUGUUUUUCACUUUAAAUGAUCAAAAUAUACAGUCUAAUAUGUUUAGAAGGUUUCAUAAAAGAAAAUUGCGGUUAUUCAUCUUGACAGAAGCUCAUUAUAGAGAGUUUGUUAUUUCUUUUGAAAACAAAGAUUGAGGUGUGUUAUUGUUUAUUAAGUUUUCAAAAUAAAUGGAUAAUGAUCAAAGUUUUUAUAUAUAUCACAACUCUAGUAUACUGUAGGUAAAAUGUGCCAUUUAAAAGUUAAAAUUUGUGAUUGUACAAAAUAAAGAUGCUUUAAAAAUACAAAAUUAACGUUUCACUGGUUUGUUUGUUUACAUAAAAAGACUCAAGUCUUUGUUUACAAAAUACAGAAUUAUUACUAAAAUAUUGCUCUUAUUCUUGCAUUCAGAAGGUCCAAAUUUUGAUGGUCAACAUUAAAUGAGUUGUAUUUUUAUUUUUUAGCAUCAAAGAUGAAAAAUAUUUCUGUCAAAAAAUGUGAACCAGUCCCUUUAAAAGCUAAAAUGAACAAUAUCUAAAUGUAGGUAUUUUUUUUUUACAUUGGCAUCGCCAGAAAGAUAUGUUACUGUUUUUAAAAAUUGUAGCCCAACACAAAAAUCUUUUUUGUAAAGAGUGAUACCUGCAUUUCAUAUUGUUCCGUAAUUCCGAGUACUAUACUGACUAAUAAUAGAUCCAAAUGCAUUUUAGAUUACUGACUUAGUCUUGCAGGGUGUAUAUAGCAGUGAACCUCACUCACCAUCUUUAUUGUGACAGCAGGUGAUUGUAUCAUUAUAAGUACGAUUACGUUUCUUGAUACUUGUAGUCUCUGAUUUAAUACAUUUCUUGAUACUCUCAGUCUACGUGACAUGACAUUGUGUAUAAAACCAAAUCAACAUCAAUGUUUUGUUUUGUCACUGUCGGUAAGCGUGACGUCUCUGAUGUCACUGUCGGUAAGCGUGAUGUCACUGUUGGUAAGCGUGACGUCAGUGAUGUCACCGUCGGUAAGCGUGACGUCAGUGAUGUCACCGUCGGUAAGCGUGACAUCAGUGAUGUCACUGUCGGUAAGCGUGGCGUCAGUGAUGUCACUGUCGGUAAGUGUGAUGUCACUGUCGCUCAGCAGUACAUGGUACAGAGUUUUUGGUGCGUUAUAUACACCUUUAUUUUAUACAUAUAUACAUGUUUGAUCUGAAUUGCUUCAGUCAAAGGGUAGAAACAUAUUUAUUACCUCCAUUAUGAUGAAACGCUUUUCGGUAAUUUCAGAUCAGAACGUUUUAUUUGCAUGAAUACUGUAUGUUUAUUUAAUUGUUACUAUACUAACCUUCAAUAAAAUUUGAUUAUAAUCUUAAAA